AUGUCGAACGGUGUGAUUGCCCCUAGCGCGUUGUCGACGGGCGUGCCCCCGCGGCCAUCGACUGUCGCGUCGCCGGUUCCUACUCCCGCGUCCACAGCAACGUCAUCCAGCCAAACGCCGAUGCAGCCCUCAACACCCGUACCUGCGAUUGGCAAGCGCGAGCUGUCUCCCGACCGGAUAAACGGUGCACCACCAGCCAAGAAACCAUUGUUGGAGGAGUCUCAAGGUACACCCAGACCCAUGGGCGUUACUAACCCUGUAGUGUCCACUGCGGCGACACCGACAGUCGCUGCUCCAUCAGCGCCCGCGCCAACAGCACCCGCGGCCGCGCCGGCUGCUCCUCAGCCGACAGCUGCAGCAGUUGCAGCUCCCGCACCGACUCCGGCGAAUGCUACUGCAGGUGGAGCGGCCGGAACCAAGGCGCCCGGCAUGCUGCCGAUGGGAAAAGGCAGCGGUAUCGACCUUCGCGCGGAAGAGGAGGCUGCGCGCCGAGCACAGCGCUCAGCGGUCGGCAACAUCAAGUUUGCCGGCAACGCGAGCCGCGCGCGGCAUACGGAUCUGUUCGGAGAGGUGGCCAUGCGGAAUCGACUGAACCAGAUUGCGCACAAUAUGACGGUGGACGACGACGCGAUGCGGUAUCUGGCUCUCGCGGCCGAGGCGCGGCACCAGCCGCCGAUGUCGAAGGAAGCAGCCGGGCGGCCAGCGAAGGCGCUGUGGUCGCAACGCAUCACCUCUGACCCCAAUGCGGUCAUGCAGGCCCUGGUGACGGCGAACAAGGAGGAGAACAAGGCGCACCGAGUUGCACGAACGGAACGCAACGCGCGCGAGACGGAGAUGGCGCGUGCAGCGGCGGCAGCGCGAGAGCGCGAGGAGGCCGCGGGUGGCUCAGCCCCUUCGCCGGCGGUGGAGACGAACUCGCCCGACGAGCGGCCGAGUCCCGGCGGCGCAGGCUCCGGCGCGUCCUCAGCCGGCUCGAAGCCGAAGGAGCCCACCUUCCAGGCCGCGCCUACCUUUGGCGCGCCCCCGCCCAAGAAGACAGGCAAGGGGAAGAAGGCAGCCUCGCGCGACGUGAGCGCCGACGUGCAAGCGAAGAUGACGAACAUUGCGGCCUCGCUCGCAACAGGACGGAAGAAGUACGCCUGGCAGUCUGGCGGCAGUGGCGCCUUCCGGCCGCAGGUGCCCUCCUUGACUUCAGAACUCACAAGACGGGCUCUCCUCGAAGACGUAGGCUUCAUCGUCGCCAUCCUCGUCCUUCAGCAGCUCCUCAUCUUCCUCCUUCUCGGACUUGCGGUGACGGUUGUCCCUGAGAGUUAG